AUUAAGUUUCAUCAUCAGCACUACCAAUGGCCGCCAUCAAUGCAGCUUUUCUCACACUGGCUUUAAUUCUCCUCCUCCAUCAAAAUCCCGCCGGCGCCGGCGAGUGGAACCUCCUUAAUCCAAACGCCGGCGUCCCCGCCAUGCACAUGCAGCUUCUCAACACCGACCGCGUCGUCAUCUUGGACAGAACUGAUUUCGGCGCCUCUAACAUCUCCCUUCCCAACAACCGUUGCCGCGACGAUCCCAGAGAUCUCACUCUCAAGCACGACUGCACUGCCCACUCCGUCGAAUACGACGUCGUUUCCAACACAGUUCGUCCUCUCAACGUCCUCACCAACACCUGGUGCUCCUCCGGCGCAGCCAUGCCCGACGGCUCUCUUUUGCAGACCGGCGGCUACAACGACGGCGACCGCAAUGUCAGGACCUACAAACCCUGCAAAGAUGAUUCCUGCGACUGGGAGGAAUUUAAUGCAGCUUUGACAGAGAGACGAUGGUACGCUACCAAUCAGAUCCUCCCCGACGGCAGGCAGAUAAUCGUCGGCGGUCGCCGUCAAUUUAAUUUUGAAUUUUACCCGAAAACACCCGGGUCGGAUCUAGCAUACAAUUUGCCAUUUCUUUGGGAUACCGACGAUCGUGGCAUUGAAAACAAUCUCUUCCCGUUUGUAUUUUUGAAUGUCGACGGAAACUUGUUCAUUUUCGCCAACAACAGAGCCAUUCUGUUCGACUACGUGAAAAAACAGGUUGUCAGAACCUACCCGACAAUUCCGGGUGGGGAUCCGAGGAAUUACCCGAGUUCAGGAUCCGCUGUUCUGCUUCCACUGACAAACCUUCAAGCCGCCGGGGGAAAAGGUCCCGCCGCCGAAGUCCUGGUCUGCGGCGGAGCACCAAACGGAUCAUUCACCAGUGCUAAUAGCAACAACUUUGUCAAAGCGCUGAGCACCUGCGCCCGGAUCCGGAUAACCGACCCGAACCCGCAGUGGUCCAUGGAAACCAUGCCUUUGCCACGUGUCAUGGGCGAUAUGGUCUUACUACCGAACGGAAAUGUCCUGAUCAUCAACGGCGCCGCCUCCGGCACUGCCGGGUGGAACGUCGCUCGUGACCCGGUUCUUAAACCGGUCAUCUAUAGACCGGGAAACCGGUUCGGGUCAAGAUUCGAGGUCCAGAAGUCGACCUCCACUCCUCGUAUGUAUCACUCGACUGCAAUUCUGCUCCGCGACGGUCGGGUUCUUGUCGCCGGCAGCAAUACUCAUGCUUACGAUACUUUCGCCGGCGUGCAAUUCCCGACGGAUUUGACCCUGGAGGCCUACUCGCCGGACUAUUUGGAUCCGAGACUCGCCAAAGUCCGACCCAGAAUCACAUCCCCGGCGUCGCACUCCGAAAUCGGGUACGGACAGCCGCUCAACGUCACCUUCACCGCUCAAGGCGGGAUUAACAGAAGCUUGAUACGAGUGACAAUGGCGGCGCCGCCGUAUACGACGCAUUCAUUCUCGAUGAACCAGAGAAUGUUGGUUCUUACCAACGAGGUUCGGAGGAGUGCUGACGUCACGCCCAUUGGGAGAUCCAACUAUCAGGUCCGGGUUGUUUCUCCGGGUUCAAGUAUACUUGCCCCGCCGGGGUAUUAUCUUCUGUUUGUGGUUUAUCGGGAGGUUCCGAGUCCGGGUAUUUGGAUCCGAAUCAAGUAGUCAGUAUUCCCUAUUUGUUACCAUUAAUUAAUAAGUAUAAUGUGUAUCCACUGCUUCAGACAUGGCUGCACGUUUUCGUACGUUGUCAAUUUCUUAAUUAGUAUUUAAUAC